AUGCUCACCUUGUCGGCCGCCGGAGUCAUCUCGACGACGAUCGAGGCCAUCCUCUACGGAUACUCGGUGUUCAUGUUCAUGCUCGCGAUGUGGAUCAUGCUGCGCGACAGGAAGAAGCGGCGGGUAAACUGGUGGAUGGUCGCGGCCGGCGUUGCUCUACUCUUCUUUUCCACGGCGGAAAUGGGAUGCAACAUCGGCAGAUUGUACAUCGGCUUGCUCACAGUUGGUCCAACGUUCCCUGGAGGCAGCAAUGCCUUCUUCGCUGAAGUCUCCGAAACGACGUUUGUAGUUAAAAGCUGCCUCUAUAACGUGCAAACCCUCAUUCUCGAUGCCGUUGUGAUCUACCGCACCUACAUAGUAUGGCACAGAAUAUGGGUUAUUAUUGUUCCUUGUCUCGGAUGGGGAGGUCUUUUUGUUGUCCCAUCUUCAGCAACGUCGAUAGGCUUGAACUGGGCGCUUGCAACCGCUGGCCAGCACAAGAACGACGUCUUCGCCGCCGAGACAGGUCGCUGGAUCACCGCACUGUAUGCUCUGACGUUAGCAACAAAUUUAUCUUCCACUCUCCUUCUUGCCGCCCGCAUCUGGACCAUCGCACGACGUUCAGCACAAUAUCGUACCAACAGCAUCUUCACUCCAGUUUUACGGGUCAUUAUUGAAAGCGGGGCCAUAUACUCGGUGACAAUAACCGCCGCCCUCAUCACUUUCGUUGUCCAAUCCCCCGGAGUAUACGUCAUCCUCGACAUGAUCUCGCCCAUCAUUUCCAUCGUUUUCUACAUGCUCACCAUCCGCACUGGCCUCGCCGGAGGGCGCGCGCUCUCCUCCAACAAGGACCCUUCCACACACCCGAGCACGACCUGGCCGAGCAGCGGCCGCGGCGCGCACCGCACCGACGGCUCGUACAUAAUGCAAGACCUCAAGGUCGAGAUCACGCAGGUCACCGAUGACAACUCAGACUAUGACCCGCACUCGCAUCACCGUGCGCUCGAGUCGGUCCUCGAUCCCAAGCUCGACACGAGGCCCGCGCCCACGCCCGCGCCGCGGCGCGCGGACGAAGAGAGCGGCGACAGGGGCGAGGGGUCCUCGCGCGACUCGGGUUCGUUCGUCGCCGUCGCCGCUGCCCUGCCGUCGUUCGACGUCGCGGUGGGACAGAAGGUCGAUCGCGGGUACGGACUAUGGCCAGCCACCGGGCGGGCAGCGUGA